AUGGCUAUAAGGAAACUAGCAGGAUGCACUCUCUUCAUCACGGGCGCAAGCCGGGGCAUUGGCAAAGCCAUUGCUUUGAAAGCGGCCAAGGAUGGCGCAAACAUUGUGAUAGCUGCCAAGACGGCUGAGCCCCAUCCUAAGCUUCCAGGGACUAUCUACACUGCUGCAGCAGAGAUUGAAGCGGCCGGAGGAAAGGCUUUGCCAUGCAUCGUUAAUGUGAGGGAAGAACAGCAAAUUAUUAAUGCUGUGGAGAAAGCUGUGAAGACUUUUGGAGGGAUUGAUAUUUUGGUGAACAAUGCAAGCGCCAUCUCUUUGACUGGCACUUUGGAAACAGAAACGAAGAAGGUCAAUCUUAUGAUGGAUGUCAAUGUACGAGGAACCUACCUCACGUCUAAAACAUGCCUUCCCCACUUGAGGAAGAGUAGGAACCCCCAUAUCCUGAACCUCAGCCCACCUAUGAAUCUGAAUCCCAUGUGGUUCAAAAAUCAUUGUGCUUACACCAUUUCUAAAUAUGGGAUGUCCAUGUGUGUCUUGGGAAUGGCAGAAGAAUUUAGAGGAGAAGUUGCUGUCAAUGCUUUAUGGCCUAAAACAGCCAUACAUACAGCUGCUAUGGAUAUGCUGGGAGGAUCUGGAAUAGAAAAACAGUGCAGGAAAACGGACAUCCUUGCAGAUGCUGCGUAUUGCAUUUUAACAAAGCCAAAAACUUUCACUGGAAACUUUGUUAUUGAUGAAGUUCUGCUGAGAGAAGAAGGAGUUAAGGAUUUUGAUGUCUAUGCAAUUGCACCAGGUCACCCCCUGAUGCCUGACUUCUUCUUGGAUGUUGAAACUGACGUACGCGAAGAGACUUUUGGCGCAUUCAAAGAGGAGAAGAAAUUAAGCGGAUCCCAGCAUGAAGGACCAGGUGGAGCUAAGGCUGACAGAGAAUCUGCUCCAGCCAAGCCACUGAGCCCUGUUGCAGAAACGUUCAGAGUUAUUCAGGGGGCGAUGACUGAAGAGUACGUGAGAAGUACUCAGGGGGUCUUCCAGUUUGAAUUAUCUGGGGAUGAAGGAGGCACUUGGUAUAUUGACCUGAAGACCCAGGGUGGGAGCGCUGGUUUCGGAAAGCCUCCUGUGGCGGCUGAUGUGGUUAUGAGCAUGUCGAGUGCCGACUUUGUGAAAAUGUUCACAGGUAAACUAAAGCCAACCCUGGCCUUCAUGUCAGGAAAAUUAAGGAUUAAAGGUAACAUGACGCUAGCAAUAAAGCUGGAGAAGAUGCUGACACAGCUUAACUCGAAACUGUGA